AUGAACACUCAGGCGGCCCCGUGUAUCGAAGAAGUGCUGGCUGCAUUCAUCCCGAUCUUAGAAAGAGAUGCGAUGUGCUGCCACGGUCUCUACGGGUAUGUGGAACUGCUAAAGCUACUCGUACCAGCCGGUCUAACACUGGAACAAGUUCUUUUCGACGUUGUUAAUGGGCUCCACCAAACCAUGUGCACCACGUCGAACUCGGACAGACAAGUCUGCGCGGUUUCGCUCACCUCCUAUCUCUCCGAUGUCAUCAGCGCUGACGAAUCAUCACUGCUUAGUGCCAUUAUCUUCCGGGCUGGGGUACCACUAUACGCUGCUGCUGAGAAAGAUGUCUGCUCUUCGCUAGCGUCAACCUCUCUAGCCAGUGGUUUGGUGAGCGGCGCGAGUAUUCCGUACUACGCCGCAUCAUGCUGCGUCUCUGGGCUAUCAAAGCUCCUACAGAGCCUCGAUACUGUAAUGACGCAUCUAUCUGGAAGCUUGGUCGCCGAAUUGUUCACUCUCAUCACGGGCCGACAGGAUGCUGUGACGAAGUUCACAUCACUGUAUCCAGUAAUCGAAAGCUGUGCCUUUGAAGCAUCGUGCACCAACCCAAACUUUACUUUAUCGUCCAACACCAGUUGCAACGCGAUUAGUGACGCCGUUUCAAACAAGACUCGUUCCCCAAGUAACAUUGCAUGCAAGCUGGUGACGUUGUGUGACAGUAACAACGUGUGUAGUGAUGUGUGUGAAGCUGGAACUGCGAGUGUGAACUCGUGGGCGGCCGAUGCUAUCACUUUCCAGCACAGGCUAUCCUAUGGAGAGACCUUGUGUUUCACACAGUUGCCGGCCACUCACAACAGUGUAAUCACCCAGGCUCGUGGCUAUGGCAAUCGUGACCAGCUCUUCAACUCGAUGCUGAACGCUUCAAACGCCGGCUCGUACAUGCGCACUAGUAACCAGUUUCUGAGUUUAACAGAUCAGCUAAAUCUGGGUGCUAGAUUUCUAGAGCUGGACGUACACUACUUUGGCUCGGCUCUGCGCGAUGCUCACUGCUCCAACCUCGGGGUCGGCGAGGAUAGCUCGGUUGAGUGGACUUCCGAUUUAGCGGGCUGUCUGCCUUCGUUUAGUGGAAUCCGUGCCGAAGAGCAGCGUCUUCACAAUGAGUCGCUAGCAGAGAUAUCUGCUUGGUUGGCACGACAUCCAGAUGACUUCAUUACAGAUGCGCUGCUGGAACUCUACACAAGCGUGUUCGGCGACCGGUUAUUCACUCCGUCAGACUUCGAUACGGCUGGAAGUGACUGGAAUAGGUUCACGUUGGAAGACUUGAUCCGCCAGGGUAAGCAAGUCGUUUUGGUAUCGGGAUCUGAGGCAAACAGCCUUAUGUUUUACUCGCGUGAAAGAUCAUGA